AUGAAACUCACAUCCAUAGCAACCCUCCUCAUCGGCUCACUCGCCAUCGCCGACCCAACCCCCCAAUACCAACUCCUACCUCCUCUCCGAGACCAAGCCGCCCUCCAAGAUAAAUGGACGGCCGAACGAAAAGCGUCCAUCCCAAAACUCCUUCAAAAGCACAACAUUGACGCAUGGCUUAUAAGCCAGCGUGAAUACGCCGAGGAAACCAUCUUCUGGACCCUCAAAUCAGCAACCCAAUUCUCCGCCCGCCGCCGCACAACAACCCUCUUCCUCGCAAAAACACCAGACAACUCCCCCACGACAUACACCUGGAUCGACAACACGCCCAAAGUAUGGGACGAGCUCGCAUCCCUUCUCGAGAAACACCAGCCCUCCACCAUCGCCAUCAACGCCCACCCUGAACUCGCCUUCUCCAGUGGUCUCCACGCCGGCGAAUACAAAGCCAUGUCCACGGCCCUCGGCGCCAAAUGGACAUCCCGGUUCGUCGUCAAACCCCUCCUGGGGAUAGAAUACAUCGGCACCCAGAUAUCCGCCCGUCUCCCCUGGUACCGCAAGCUGCAGGAGACAGCAUGGGCAAUCAUUUCCGAGGCCUUCAGCGCAGCGGUUAUCACGCCUGGCAAGACCACCACCGCAGAUGUGGAGUGGUGGAUGCGCGAGAAGAUCCAGUCGCUGAACUACACGACCUGGUUUCAGCCAGAUGUGUCGAUAGUGUCAGAGGAUUCGCACUGGGGACAGAACACGAAACUCGAGAGGACGAUACGGCACGGGGAUUAUCUGCAUGUUGAUUUUGGCGUGACGGCCAUGGGGAUGAAUACCGAUACACAGCACCUGGCGUAUGUUUUGUUUCCGGGCCAGAACGGGGAUGAUGUGCCGCGCGGGUUGAGGGAGGGUUUGAAGAAGGGGAAUCGGCUGCAGGAUAUGACGAGGAGGCAUAUGAAACCGGGGCGGACGGGGAACCAGAUCCUCAAGGCGAUUAGGGAGGAGAUGGCCGAGGAGGGCAUCGAAGGCAAGAUAUAUUGUCAUGCUAUUGGGGAUUGGGGCCAUUCUGCCGGUACUGUGAUUGGAAUGACGAACCUGCAAGACAAGGUCCCGGAUCUGGGGGAUCUGCCCCUUUUGCCUCGUACCUGGUACAGUGUUGAACUCAUGGCGGACCACUUUGUCCCAGAAUUGAAUGCUUCUCUCAAGUUUCCAUUGGAGGAGGAUGUCUACUGGGCAGAAGAUGGCAAAGGGUCUGGCAGUUUCGAGUGGGUUUACGGACAACAGACUGAGUUUCAUCUCAUUCACUCAACAAAGGGAGGGAAGAAUCUCGACACAGAGGAACUAUAG